AUGGCCGACGCAGCUGCAUUCUUUGCGAAGAAGAAGAAGAAGAAAAAGGCAUUCAAAUUCAAUGCCAAUAAUAUUGAUGCCGCGACUGUGACUCACACUGUCCAUGUUGAUGCUCCAGCUUUGUCCACAGUCAAUGACCCAGCUGCGAUAACAGACUUGCCUAACGCUGCCGAAACUGUGGUCGCGGAAACCAACGAGUCCAAUGAACACUGGGACGAAGAAAAAUUGGCAGCUAAAACUACGAAGAAGGCAGCCGUUGCCACUGCCCCUACAGCCGAGCUCCUUGAUAUGAAGGCGCUUGAUAUGAAGGGCAGUGAGCAAGAUGGUAUUGCUGAGAAAAUGAGAAUUGAGCAGACCAAGGCGCAGUUGGCUGCUGCCAAGGAAGGAAUGGAACGAGAAGCUCAAAAAUUGAAGGAAGAGCGUGAAAAGAAGGAGGAGGACGGAGCCACAAGAAACAAACCACGAUUUGGUGCCGCUGCUGCUGGGUUGGCUUCAAGUGGUAGUAAAUGGAUUCCUCGUCAUAUGAGAAUGGAACCUGGUGCUAUGCCUAGAGGAUUGGGGGGAAUGAUGGGAGCUCAGAACCGAAAGCUCGACACUCAAGAUGAACAACUAUUUCCCGACCUUAAAGCUGCCGAUGCCAUACUGGAACAGAAGAAAGAGGAGGAAAGACCUGCUUAUUCUGCUCCAAAGAAAACGCCCGUUGGAGGAGGUGCCACUUGGGGAUCUAAACCAAAACUAAAGAAAGCUGCAGAACCGAAGCCUGAACCAGCCAAAGCCGAGCCAGAGCCUGCAAAGGAAGAGCCUGCUUCUACUGAAGAAGCGAAACCAGAUCCAGCAGCUGCUGCUGCGGCUCUGGCAGCAAAGGCACCAAUCAAGCCAAAAAAAAAGAAGAAGAAAAAGGAUCUAUCGACUUUCAAAGCCGCAGCCUAA